AAAAAUCGUGCCAGAGCCCAACACUGGUCACGUCACCUCAUGCAUGCGCUGUAGCGUCGCAAUGUAUUGCAUCUAGCAUCACUUGUACCUCGCUUGUAUAUGCUAAUAUAACCUAAAUUCGAAAGUUCUAUUGCUACUUGAAAUAUUCGAAAGAAAUAUUUGCAAAUAUUUUAUUAAAUUUCAAUACAUACAUACAGUGUUAAAGCUACAAGAUGUCAGAGCGCAAAGUAUUAAACAAAUACUAUCCACCGGAUUUCGAUCCGUCGAAAAUCCCGCGCAUGAAAUUGGCGAGAAAUCGUCAAUACACCGUACGAUUGAUGGCUCCGUUUAACAUGAGAUGUAAAACAUGCGGUGAAUAUAUCUACAAGGGCAAGAAAUUUAAUGCACGUAAAGAGGACGUCGAGGGCGACGAUUACCUGGGCAUACGCAUUUACAGGUUUUACAUCAAGUGCACACGUUGUCUGCAAGAGAUAUCCUUUAAAACUGAUCCAAAGAAUACAGAUUAUGAGAUAGAGGCAGGUGCCACAAGAAAUUUCAUGGCAUUAAAGUUGGCAGAGGAACAAGCUCAGAGAGAAGAAGAUGAAGAAAAAGAAGAAGAAGCCACUAAUCCAAUGAAACUUUUGGAAAAGAGAACCCUCCAGUCAAAACAGGAACUAGAACUGCUGGAGUCUCUGGAAGAAUUAAAGGAUUUAAAUCGCAGGCAGCAGACAAUAGAUUAUGAUCAAAUGUUGCAACAAUUUGACACAGAGUCUAAUAGACAACGAACAGAAAAGGAACAAGAAGAAUUAGAUGAGCAAUAUAUUAAAUCUGUAUAUGGUAAAAGACAAAUGACAGGAACUAUUGUAGAGGAAGAAAUUGAAGAAGUAGAAGGAAAAGAAAAGGAAAGUAGAGGAGAACCUCCUUUAAAAAUGCUUAAAAUAGACGAAGCAAAUGGAAAAGAAAUGGAAGAUUCUGGACAUACCGCUAAACUUACUAAGACAUCAUUAUGGUCAGGAAGCGCAGGAUCAUUGACCAACAAAAAGAAUACACCCUCUUUAGGCAAAAAAAGCAAUAUUGGAAUAAAGAUAAAUGCAAAACUGGUGCAAAAUAAAACCAUGUCCGAAGUCAUGGUUUCCAAUGAUAAAGAAACAGUCUCAGGAUCACAGGAGACGCAAAACACCCCAAUGAGUAUCUCGGAUGCAAAUACAGGCACUAAAUCAGAUAACACAAGCAACAGUCUCUCACUGUUAGGUGCAUAUUCAGAUAGUAGUGACAAUGAUAGUGAUUAAUAGAGAGAUCCGAUCUGCGAGUUAUGGAUUGAUACGUUAAGUGGACUGUGGUGACGAGUACAGAGAUUUCUUACAGGAUGCCGAAGGCUCUAUUCCUAAAACAUAAAGGAAUAAAUUAUCAGAAACGUAAAGCGAUUGGAACUUGGUCUGUUUAGUUGAAAGGCUAGGCACUCUGUAAGAAGCUCUGUUGUCGAGAUACAUAAAUACUAGUACAACGUAGCAGGGAGCACCUAGCCUAUCGAUACAGACCAUUUAACACAUUCGACGCGAAGACAGAGUUGCUAGAUGCAAUAUAUUGUGACGCUACAGCGCAUGCGUGAGACGACAUAGAACACGCUGCUUGAGUAAAAGUCUCAGUAUCGUAUCUUUUUUAAGGUAUUAUAGCGCCCGUAUUAUACUAUGCAUUGAGAAUUGCAAUCGAGUAAAUUAGAUAAUCUAAAUCGUGGUUAUUUUAAUUGGUCCGAUAGUAAUUCUCAAUCUACAUUACAAUUUUUCACUUAACAAUGUUAUUGUCACAUAAUACAAAUAUUAUAUAACGGUUAUAUAGUCGAGUGAGAAAUUAUAAUGUUAAUGUAACGUAACUGUUAAUAUCCACUGGACUUAAUAUCCACUGGACAACAUAAUCUGGUAUAAGGCACUCGCGCAAGAAAUGCAGGAAAACUAUGCGGGAAGACAACUGAUCGGACAGCGUGGGUCCCUCCAUGGACCCUGUGAUGCGCUUUAUUACCGUCAUUGGCAUGCUUUCUUAAGCGUGGUCUACAAUGGCCGUAAACAGUAAGAAGCGUGAACACUAAGAAAUGGACCAACUACAGUUGAUUAUUUUUGUCAUAAUCGACUGUGAUUGGUUUAUUUCUUACUGCUUACGUUUACUUCUUACUGCUUAUUGUCAUUGUUGACCACAUUGUAGAGCUCUACGUCAUCUCACGCAUGCGCUAUAGCGUCGCAAUAUAUCGUAUCUAGCAACACUGCGUGAAGGAGUCGAAGAAUUUUUUCAAUUCCGUUACAAUAGAAAAAAUUGUAUAUUUUACCGUAAGAAGAAAUUAUAAAAAUAUAAACGUUAUGAAAAAAAUUGCAAUACGGAUUCACAGAGAAGAUUGCCUCGAAUGUGUUAAUGACCUACUUAUUUUAUAUUUAUGAUGGCAACGAAUAAUUUAUUAAAUAAUGUAAUGCAUAUUUGCGUUAUAACUUAUUGGAUUAAUAGAUUAAGUAUUGACUAAUGUUGGGUUAACGGUUGGUUAUUGCUCUUCAAGAGUGAUAACUUCAACAUACAUCAAGAGAAAUAGAAAAUCGAUCAAGCUUAAUUUAAAGAGCUUUCUUCCAAGUCA